AUGUCAAGAAAACCAACUGCUACUGCAGUUUUAACUAAUGGAGAGUAUGAGCAUCUUAAUUUUGGGGAGGAAACCAAGGUUGUUAAUGCAUCUGACAGACUCGAAACAACAUUAUGUGGUGAAACGCCGGACAAACUAAUCCAAGUGAACAAUUGCUUAUUGCACAACAUUGAAGCUGAAAAUAUUGAUGAGAUCAGAGCCACAUUUUCACUCACUGUUUCUAGAUGCUUGGUUAGAUCCAUGCCUCUAGAAUUCACAAUCAAGACUCUCACUCGUGAUUUGCAAGUUAAUGAUGUUGUUGACUUUUUUUCCUGCUAUGACUCCUAA